AGAGCAUACCCCUUGGCACUCGUGUUCCCUAGGCAGGGAGCAAUACUGUAAAAUCAAAACAAAAAAAAAUUCUUAGUCUCCUUCUCCGUGUGGAAUUUUGGUGUGUUUCAAGGAGGAUUCAAUUUUUGCAGAAAAACAAUGGCGGCGGCGAUUUCUGCUUCUAUGGUGGUUCCAGCCACAGUGUUGAAUGGUGCGCAAUUCGGGAGUGCCUCUCUGUAUGUCGGAGAUCUGGAUGCCAAUGUGAUAGAGAGUCAGUUGUUUGAUCUGUUCAGCCACGUGGCUCAAGUGGUUUCGAUUAGGGUUUGCAGGGAUCACACUAAGCGAACCUCCCUCGGCUAUGCAUAUGUCAAUUUCGCCAAUGCUCAAGAUGCUGCUAUUGCCAUGGAACAUCUGAACUUCACUCUUCUGAAUGGAAAACCCAUUCGGAUUAUGUUUUCUCACCGUGAUCCCAGCAUCAGGAAAAGCGGAUUUGCAAAUGUGUUCAUUAAGAACCUUGAUGCAUCAGUAGAUAACAAGGCACUGUAUGACACUUUUGCUGCCUUUGGAACUGUGCUAUCUAGUAAGGUAGCGGUUGAUGAGAAUGGUCAAUCAAAAGGGUAUGGAUUUGUGCAGUUUGACAAUGACGAGUCUGCUCAGAAUGCUAUAAAAAAAUUGAACGGCAUGUUAAUAAAUGAUAAGAAGGUCUAUGUUGGGCUUUUUGUUCGGCGUCAGGAAAGGGCUCCAGGGAAUGAAUCACCAAAGUUCACCAAUGUGUAUGUGAAAAACUUUUCUGAAACAUACACUGAUGAAGACCUUAAGCAACUCUUCAAUACCUAUGGUACUAUAACCAGUGCUGUGGUCAUGAGAGACGGAGAGGGGAACUCCAGAUGUUUUGGUUUUGUGAAUUUUGAAAGUCCAGAUUCAGCCGCUACUGCCGUUGAAAAGUUGAAUGGAACAACCAUCAACAAUGACAAUGUUUUAUAUGUAGGGAGGGCUCAGAGGAAGGCAGAAAGAGAGGCAGAGUUGAAAGCUAAAUUUGAACAGGAAAAAAGAAAUAAAUUUGACAAACUUCAAGGUGCUAACUUGUAUCUGAAAAACUUUGAUGACAGUUUUAAUGAUGAAAAAUUGAAAGAGAUUUUUUCUGUGUUUGGAACAACAACAUCUUGCAAGGUAAUGGUUGACGCACUUGGUCGUAGCAAAGGUUGUGGUUUUGUUGCAUUCUCUACUCCGGAGGAAGCCACUAGAGCCUUGGAUGAAAUGAAUGGGAAGAUAAUUGGACAAAAGCCUCUGUAUGUUGCAGUAGCCCAGCGAAAGGAAGAAAGGAAGGCUAAUUUACAGGCCCACUUUUCUCAUAUGCAAAUUGCUGCUGGCAUUACUGGAUAUCAUCAAGCUUAUUUUGGUCCAGGAACACCUGGGUUUGUCUCACCUCAGGCAACAGGCUAUGGUUUUCAACCUCAUGUCUUGCCACAAAGCAUGCGUGGGGUUGCUCCAAAUUACAUUAUGCCAUACCACCUUCAGAGACAGGGUCCUCCUGGACAAAGGAUGGGUCCUACUACACGAAGGAUGGGAAAUACCCAGGUAACUCUCACCCAUUCACUUCCAAUACCACCAACUGGUCCAAACGGCAUACAUAAGUAUGUAGUGCCCUAUAAUGUGGUGGAUCCAUCUGACAUUUCUGUAUCUCCUAUUGAUGUCAAGACUUCUGCUUCAUCAUCAACUACCCUUGCUUCAGCUUUGGCUUCUGCUAGUCCGGAGAAUCAACAUAGGAUGCUGGGUGAACAUUUAUAUCCACUGGUGGAACGUCUUACUCCAAGUCAUCAGACUGCAAAAGUCACAGGAAUGCUGCUGGAAAUGGAUCAAUCUGAAGUGAUUCAUCUUAUUGAAUCUCCUGAGGAUUUGAAGACAAAGGUGUCCGAGGCAACGAAGGUGCUUCAAGAUGCAGCAGGUUCUGAAGUUGGUGAUCAACAAAAGUGAUAUAAUUUUCAGUUUUAGAUAUAUUUUGAGACAAUUUUGAGGUUCCAACGAGACUUUAUUUAUUUUGUUUGGACUAGACUUUAGAUUAUUAUAAGGGUGUCAAGGAUUUUAGUUUUAUAAAUUUAUGUUUUUGGACUGAAUUAUAAGUUUACUAUCUUUUGAAUUUUAGUUCUUUUUGUUUUAAUCUAUU